AUGCUUUCCAUCAGAGGACUCGUCACAACAACCCUCAUUAUCCUAUCAACUUUUUCAUCGUUCACCCUCGCUGAAGAGCAGAAACCCCUGUCAGCAGCUGAUCCCGAUCUAAAUUCCGAUUCUCACCCCUCACUUGCCUCCGUAGCGCAAGACGAUCUCCUCUUCUCCCUCCCCGUCACCACUGUCGUCGCCGAUAUGUCAUCCAUCUCCCGUGCGGCCCCGUUGGUCUUCCCGGCCGUCGGAAAGCACACGGCUACGGUCAUUUUCGCCCACGGCCUCAGCGACACGGGCAACGGCUGGGCCAGCGCCGUCGAGAACUGGAGGCGGAGACAGAGACUUAACGAAGUCAAGUUCAUCCUGCCUCAUGCGCCUCAAAUUCCCAUCACUGCUAACUGGGGCAUGCGCAUGCCGGGUUGGUUCGACAUAGUAAGUCGCGCAACAAUCUUUGACCGGCACCGCCUUCCCCCGGGCUCCCCAUCGCUGACCGCAGCGCUCUCCCAGAAAACCCUCGACGGCACCAUCGAGGCUCUUCGCGAGUCCGAGGACGAGCCCGGCAUCCGCGCCAGCGCCGAGUACUUCCACAGUCUCGUCCAGGCCGAAGUUGACGCCGGCAUCCCCUCCGAGCGCGUGGUCCUCGGCGGUUUCAGCCAGGGCGGCGCCAUGGCCAUCUUCUCUGGUCUCACCGGCAAGCACAAGAUCGGCGGUAUCGUCGGCCUGUCGUGCUGGCUGCUGCUCAGCAACAAGUUCGCCAGUAUUGUGCCCGAGGACAAGCCGAACCAGGACACGCCCGUCUGGCUGGGCCACGGCGACGCGGAUCCGCUUGUGAGGCCGGAGCUGGGCGCUUUGAGCGCCGAGGCUCUGAAGGCUCUGGGAUACAAGGUCACCCGCACGCUUUACCCGGGCAUGGGCCACUCUGCUUGCUUGGAGGAGCUGGAUGAAGUCGAGGCCUUCUUGUUGGAGAGGUUGCCAGCCACCCAGAACUGA